AUGGCGGCCUUUGUAAAAAAAAAAAAAAGGGAAAACCUCAAACAAAAAUAUAAAGAUCUCAAAUGUCCAGCAACCGGUGUGAGCACUGAGGAUGGAGAGCCCACAGCAGCAUCUUGGAAGUGGUACAGGGCCAUGGAUGAGGCAAUUGGGUGCAGACCCUCCAUCGUUCCACCUGCCCUUAUUGCCUCAUCUGGCCCGGAUGUUGCUGUGGCCUCUACAUCCUCAGUGAGCCCAGCCCCAGACACACCAAGGGCAUCAAGGAAAAGAACCCAGAAAUCAAUUGAGAAUCUGAUCAAGGAGAUGGAGGAGAGGGAAAUGGCAAGAGAGCAGGAAGCAGUCGAAAGGGAGGAGAAAAGAUGGAGAGAAAUGGAGGAGAAGGAGGAGAGACGAGAACGAGACAGACAAGAGCGGGAGGAGAGACGACAUGCUGAGGACAGAGAAAGAGAAGAAAGGUGGCACCAGGAAGCAAGUCAAAGGGAGGAACGAUUACUUCGCCUCCUUGAAUGUAUUGCAAAUAAAUAA